AUGAUUAAUAAAGCAAAGAUUACUAAUAACAAACCUGGUGCCUCUCUUACGAGAAAAUAUCCAAGUUCAACUACACAUGCUACAUCAAAUACACAAUGUCAAAAGUGUUUAGAAUUUGGUCACUGGACAUAUGAGUGUAAAAAUAGUAGAGUUUAUAAAGCACGUCCUACAAGAACUCAACAACUAUCAAAACCUUUAAAACCAAUAGCUGUUGAACUUCCCGAGGAAUUUAAAUCAAAAAAAGAUAGAAAAGAUGAUAAUGUUGUUGUUAUUUUAGAAAAACCAGCAGCAACUAAAGAAUUAAAACGAAAAAGAAAACAAAAGAAAGAAAUUGACACCGAAAGCAUAUCUUCCUCUUCCACCUCAUCAUCGUCUUCUUCUAGAGGUGCGUCUUAUUCUUCUACUGGUUCGUCAUCAUCAUCGAAAAGCUAUGAUUCAGAUAAUAGUGUUGAUAAAAGGAUGAAGGAGGAUAAGGGCGUGGAUGAUAUUAGAAUUGGUGGUGGUGAUGUUAGAACUCGCGACGAUAAAAAAAUUCCUGCCGCUGCUGCGGUUGAUAGAAGAAAAUAUUUUGAUGAUAUUGAUAAAAGAUUUGACGGUAGAGGUAGUGGAUAUGAUAGAAAAUAUGAUGGUGGUAGAAGAAUAGGUGAUAAAACAUACGAUGAUAAAAGUCACCAUGAUGAUAGAAGCGAUGAAUAUGAUAGAAGAUAUGAUGGUGAUAGAAGAAUGGGUGGUAAAACAUACGAUGAUAAAAGUCGUGAUGAUAGAAGUGGUAGAAGAUAUGAUGGUGAUAGAAGAACGGGUGAUAAAACAUACGAUGAUAAAAGUCGUGAUGAUAAAGAUGGUAAAAGAUAUGACGAUGAUGGAAGAAUUAGUGAUAAAACAUACAAUGAUAGAAGUCGUAACGAUAGAGGUGGUGGAUAUGAUAGAAGAUAUGAUGGUGAUAGAAGAAUUGGUGAUAGAAAAUACGAUGAUAGAAGUCAUCGUGAUGAUAGAAGACAUUAUAAUUUGACGAAAAAUUACUAA